AUGUCAAUAACAAAACAGUGCAACCACAGUCAAAAGAUUAAGAGGAGCAAGAAGGUCAUGCUAAGGAGUGAAGAGAUAGGAAAAGAGGGCAAAUCCGUUUUCCCACUAUACAAUCCACAGCAGUUCAAAUUAGAAUCAAUGGUCACUCCUGUUCCAAAGCCGCAAGAAGUUCAAAAAGUAGAACCAGUUGUCCGACAGCCUGAAGCAACAGAGCAGGUUGCUGAUACAGCUCCUGUUGCCACCCCUCCGAAAGUUGAUUAUGCUACUGACCUUUUCAACAUGCUAUCCAUGGAUGGUCCAAAUGAAAAUGGUUCAGAGACAGCAUCUGCUGAUGAUAAUGCCUGGGCAGGUUUUCAAUCUGCUCAAGAAGCAUCAACAGCUGAGAAAACUGUUCCACCAAAACCAGUUGAGAGCAGUAACAAGUCUAAUUCUGGACUUGAGGAUCUCUUUAAAGAUACACCUAUAAUUACACCAUCUGUUUCUGAAAAACCCCAAAAGGACGUGAAGAAUGAUAUCAUGAGUCUAUUUGAGAAGGUAAGUUCUGCAUUUUGUUUUCUAAUUAGAAUCUAAGAAAAAUAUCUUAUUUGCUUGGCAGUUUGGAAAAUAUGUUGCUCUCUUUUGCUAGUUUGGACAGCUGGUGACUUUGUGAAAGAAUCAAAUAUUUGAUCUCGGGAGUUGAAGAGUAAAUAUCUAGAUAUUGAACGUUUGGACUCUAAGACGCAUUAUGUGGUAGGCGGUAGGCUGUCUAAUGCAAGGACAAUAUUUCUGCCAUGCGUGGUGAAUGCUUAUGCGAGGAAUCAAGUAAUAGUAACAGGGUUCGGCAUUAAAAAAAAAA